CCCUCUCCAAUUCUUUACAGUUCCUGCUGAAACACAAGGAAAGCAGACCUCUGGCACGGUGCUGUGGGGAUUCCUCCUGCCCAUCAGGCUUUCCUGAAAAGCGCGAGCCUCGAGUUACAUCCAGGCAGCCAUGGCGAGCUUCCUUUCACGUAUGGUGAACAGCCACAGGGAGAAUGUCGCCUUGCCUCCCUGGGCCCAUUCCAUGUUGAGGUCCCUGGGGAGGAGCAUUAGCCCUUUGAUGGCCAAUCUAGCGGAGAAAAACAUGAAAUUGUUCUCUGGGAAGGUGGUCCCAGCCCCAGGGGAGGACACCUUUGAAAACUGGCUGGCCCAAGUUCACCGGGUCUUGCCAGAUUGGAAUAUGUCUGAGGCGGAAAAACUCCUGCGCCUGAAGAAAACCCUCAGGGGCCCCGCCCGAGAAGUCAUGCGCUCACUGCAGGCAGCCAACCCCCACCUGAGCCUGGCCGAAUUCUUACGGGGCAUGACCUUGGUGUUUGGGGAGCCUGCAAGCAGUGGGACUGCCCACAGCAAAUUUUUUAACACCCUGCAGGCGCCCGGGGAGAAAGUGUCCCUCUAUGUGAUCCGCCUAGAAGUGCAGCUUCAGAAUGCUAUUCAGGCAGGGGCCAUAGCUGAGAAAGAUGCCAAGGUGACUCGCUUGCAGCAGCUGCUUCUAGGGGCUGAGUUGAAUAGGACCCUACGGGCCCGGCUUAAGGAGCUCCUCAGAGUGCAUGCCAACAAGCCGGAGCUGCUCCCUAAUUUCCUGGAGGUGAUCAGGAUGAUCAGGGCAGAAGAGGAAUGGGAUGACACUUUUCUGAAACGCAAGCGGUCCCGCCACUCAGAGCCCAUCUUAGAGAGAGGAGCUCCCCCCGUGCCAGGUCAGGCCCCUCAGCCGAUAUCGCUGGAUGGUGGGAAUGAGGAGGAGGUGAUAGAGAUCCAGGACUCUGAUGAUGAUGUGAUCCUGGUGGAGUCUUGGGACCCUCCAGUGCCAUCCCUGAAUGCUCCUGGCCCCAGGGCCAGGGCCAGGGCUGAGGAGCAGGUGCUGGGUAGUGAUCUCCCUAACUCUUCCUGGGCCCAGUCUCCUUCCACCAGUGGUGGGGCUGGGCAGACCAAAGAUGGUCCUGGAGAGAAGCGUAGAGCCAGGAAGCGAAAAUACACAAUCCGUUGUUCAUCUUGUCGGGAGGAGGACUAUUCCCAGGACACCUAUGAGGGGGGCAACAAGAGCCAGGUGUUUGAGAAUCUGAUUAUUACCCUGAAGGAACUGACCCACACUGGGGGGAAUGAGUCUGAGGAUGAGGAUGAUGAGGAGCAGGAGGAAGAGGAGAAGGAGAAGGAAGAAGAGGGGGAAGAGGAG